AUGAACAACACCGAUCGCAUGAGGAUCCGCUACGCGCAGCUCCAGUGGUUCCGGAACGGUAAGGCGGCUGGCGAGCCCUGGCCCCCUUCGCCUCCCGACUCGCUGCGCCUGUGGACUCCCAAGCACAUCUGGGACCAGCAGAAGCACGGCCACCACUCGGACUCGACUGUCCUCAACGUGUCUCAUGACGUGCCCGCGUCGCCCGAGAUCGGCACUUUGCGCACCCACGGGGAAUAA